CAACCUCACAAUGAGUUUGCAGUCUUGUUGAUAGAGCCACAUUCUUUCAGCCCCCCCUUGGGUACUUUUGGGAAGGGAAAUUGAGGGAGUUGUUCUGUCCUCAAGAAAAACCUGUGCUAGCUCUCACCACCUCCCACCUCCACCCUCACAGAUGCAGACUGUGUUUCACAUCAGCCAGGAUCAUUCCAGCCCAACUUCUGCCUCUUGUGCAGAGCUAAAUCAGGGCUUGCAGUGGACAUCCAGCUACACAAGGUUUGGUGUUAUGAGCAUGUACUUUUUGCCAUGUUAAUAGUUCAACCAUUAACUGAAAAGGGAAGAGAUCUGUUGUACUGGACAUACAGACUGAGACCCCUCAGAGUUCUUCUCUGAUCUCCUGAAUUGGUCAUGGGAAAAGUCUACUAUAUCAGCAAAAAUGUGGGCCUCGUUAUGCUUGUAUUGGCGGUCUCUGCUCUGGCUAUCAUUAUAGCCCUGUCCAUUGCAUAUGACAAGGAAAGGUCCAAGAAUCGAGGAAAGCCUGGAGAUGGAGAGACGGACAGCACGAGCGUGCCUGCACUCCUCACAACACCCUUUGCUCCCAAGGAGCCCUGGGACCACUACAGACUUCCAGACUCCCUUGUUCCUGUCUCCUACAAUGUGACUCUGUGGCCUCGGCUGGAGCCCAACGCAGAUGGCCUGUACAUAUUCACUGGACAUUCAGCGGUGGUCUUCAGAUGCAUGAAGGAAACAGACCUCAUCAUCAUCCACUCCAACAAGCUGAAUCUCACCACCUUCUAUGGGCACUUUGCUAAGCUGACUGGCCUGGGUGACGCCACUGUGCCCACUAUAGAAAAUUCCUGGCUUGUUGUGAAGACAGAGUAUCUGGUUCUUCAGCUACACAGUAGAUUAGCUGUUGGAGCAUCGUAUGUACUUUACACUGAAUUUGAGGGGGAGCUGGCAGAUGACCUGGAAGGCUUCUACAGGAGUGAAUACUUUGAGGAUGGUGUGAAGAAAGUUGUUGCUACCUCACAGAUGCAAGCAACGUAUGCCAGGAAAACAUUCCCUUGUUUUGACGAGCCAGCCAUGAAAGCUGUCUUCAGUGUUACCAUCAUCCACGACAGAGCCACUGUGGCCCUGUCUAACGGCAGGGAAACUGACAAAACAAAUUCUGACAUUGAUGGCGUGCCUGUCAGAGUGACUACGUUUGAGCCCACAGAGAGAAUGUCCACAUACCUUCUGGCGUUUAUUGUCUGUGAAUUUGUUCACAUUCAGUCAUUCCAAAACAACAAUUUGUUGGUCCGAAUCUGGGCUCGAAGAAAAGCCAUAGAUGACAGACAGGGUGACUAUGCUCUGAAUGUUACAGGGCCGAUCCUUCAGUUCUAUGAGCACUACUACAAUGCAACAUAUCCACUCAUCAAGUCUGAUCAGAUAGCUCUACCUGACUUCAGUGCUGGGGCAAUGGAGAACUGGGGUCUGGUCACAUACAGGGAAACGGCCCUGCUCUAUGACCCGAUCAUAUCCUCCACUGGAAACAAAGAGAGAGUUACAACUGUAAUCUCCCAUGAACUCGCACACAUGUGGUUUGGCAACCUGGUUACUCUGAAAUGGUGGAAUGACCUGUGGUUGAAUGAGGGAUUUGCAUCAUAUGUAGAGUACCUCGGGGCUGACUAUGCUGAGCCCACCUGGAACAUUAAAGACCAGAUCAUAUUGUAUGACGUGCACAAGGUGUUUGCUGUGGAUGCCCUGGCCUCCUCCCAUCCGCUGUCCCGUGGAGAAGACGAGGUCAAUGACCCUGCUCAGAUCAGCGAGAUGUUCAACACUAUCUCCUACAGCAAGGGAGCAGCGGUGCUCAGAAUGCUGUCAGACUUUCUCACUGAGCCUGUGUUUGCCAAAGGACUAAGUUCUUACUUGAACACUUUUGCCUUCAAAAACACAGUAUAUACAGACUUGUGGAACCACCUCCAACAGGCAGUUGAAAACACACCAGGUAUACAUAUUCCCCACACUGUCCACCACAUCAUGAACCACUGGACUCUACAGAUGGGUUUCCCAGUGGUCACAAUUGACACCCGGACAGGAAGUAUCACCCAGAAACACUUCCUGUUGGAUCCAGACUCUGUAGUGGACAGGCCUUCUCAGUUCAAUUACACAUGGGUGGUUCCCAUUAAAUGGUCAAAAACAGGUGUGGAACAACAACAGUACUGGCUUCUUCAAAAGGCAGCCACCCACAGUAAGAUGAAAGUGUCAGGAGAGGACUGGGUGCUGUUGAAUACCAAUGUAUCUGGUUACUUUAGGGUGAACUAUGAUCUUGACAACUGGGAUCGUCUCCUCUCCCUGCUCAACACCAACCACAAGGCUUUAUCAAUCAUCAACAGAGCACAGAUAAUAGAUGACGCGUUCAACCUAGCAAGAGCCAAAAUAAUCAAUACAACACUGGCCUUGAGAACUACCAAAUACCUGUCCAAGGAAAGAGACUACAUCCCCUGGGAGUCAGCUCUGAGAAACCUUGACUACUACAUCCUCAUGUUUGACCGCACUGAGGUCUAUGGAGCUUUACAGGCAUACCUCAAGAAACAAAUCCAACCACUUUUUGAGCACUUCAAGAUGAUCACAGCUAACUGGACCAAAGUACCUACAGGACACACUGACCAAUAUAAUCAGAUCAAUGCUAUUGGAAUAGCCUGCAGUAUGGGUGUGGCAGGAUGCAGGGAGCUGAUCAAAAGCUGGUACAGACAGUGGAUGGAAAAUCCACAUCAGAACCCGAUCCAUCCGAACUUGAAAAGCACAGUUUACUGCAGUGCCAUAGCCUUUGGUGGUGUGGAGGAGUGGGACUUUGCCUGGGGGAUGUUCAAGAAUGCCACUCUGGCAUCUGAAGCUUCCAGGCUCAGGUCAGCCAUGGCCUGCACCAAAGUACCCUGGCUUUUGAACAGGUAUCUGGAGUACACACUCGAUCCAGCUAAAAUCCGCAAGCAGGACGCCACCUCUACCAUCCAGUACAUAGCCCGAAAUGUUGUGGGGAUGCCGCUGGCCUGGAACUUUGUUAGAGCAAGAUGGGGAUACAUUUUCCAGCAGUACGGAAGAGGUUCAUUUUCCUUCUCUAAUCUCGUCAACGGAAUCACCAAGAGAUUCUCUUCAGAGUUUGAGUUGCAGGAGCUGAAGAAAUUCAGAGAAGACAACCUCCAUGUUGGCUUUGGCUCAGCCACGAUGGCCCUCGAACAGGCUAUAGAGAAGACCACAGCCAACAUCAAAUGGGUGACAGAGAACAAAGCUCAUGUGCUGAGGUGGUUUACUGAUGACUCCACAUGAGAACACUUAGUCAGCAUGAUACACCCUUUUUUGUGCUGACAGGGAUUAAUAAUGAAUUACUAUCGCUAUAAUCAUCCAGAACAACAAAUGACCAACUGUUUUUCUUGGUACCAGUUUCGUAAAGACAUCUGAUAUGACACAAUACAUCCAUGGACAUUUCUACAGGAACAGACAUACAAUGGACAGUGUCCCACACUCAGUAUAUCAAUAUACACUAUAUAAACAAAAGUAUUGGGACACACCUCUGUAUUAUGGAAUUUGGGUGUGGUGUGGGGCUGUUUUUCAGGGGUUGGGCUAGGGAUUUCACUGGGAAACCCAUUUGUAGGAUCCAGCGGUUCAUGAUAAGCUCCAAACUGCGGGGAAGUUUUAUGCCAGCUUCAUCCACUGCCUGGUAAAAAAGAACAUUCAGAGAGAGGAAGGAAAAUCAGAAGAACUGUUUAACUUUAUGACAAAUAGUUCAGAGGGAAGCCACAUAACAAGAAGCCAUAUUUUGACAUUUUUGUUAUAUUUAUGUUUUUCAAUAAUUUAUUCAACAUCUUCUGAUGACCAGUGGUCAGUGUGGUAACAAGUGACAAUUACAAUUACAGUAUAAUGCUAAAUAUCAAAACAGGGUGUAAAAAUAGGCACAAGUUCAAAAGAGCCAUAACACCCACCAAAGGGAGAUCUUAAUGCUUCAGCAUACCAAGACAUUUUGGACAAUGCUAUGCUUCCUACUUUGUGGCAACAGUUUGGGGAAGGCCUUUUGCUAUUCCAGCAUGACUGUGUCCCA